CAUUAUUUAUUGGUAAAACUUCGAUGACCGUUAUGCAAACAUUGAUGUCACCGAUGCUUCUGUUUCAAAACCAAAAUAAAUUUACCAACAGGACUAGACAGGGACAAGUAACAGCUUCUCCAUCCCCUCCGAAGACUCCUCUGCGCCACAACACUCACCGUGCAAAGAAGUUGAGGAAGGACCGAAAAAUAUGCGUUGUGUACGAUAUUAUUUUGUGCUUCGAACUUUUGUUUGCCAAGAAAGGUAUCGAGGGGAGGGUUCGGCUCGUGCAAGUGCUGGAUGAGUGCAGAGAUGCGUGUAUUUAUUGCCAAAGUUUGUGCAGCCCUCCAGGGGAUAUACUCGAAUAGGGCCAGCGAAAAAGUUCAAUUGGAAACGGUGACGGAACAAAUUUAUCUGAAAGCAUUCUCAUUGAAAUUCUUUUUUAAUUAUUGCCAAUGUGCGAAGUUUAUGGUGAAUGGUGAAUGGUGUUACAAUUUUGAAGCAAUUCAUAACAAAUUAAACUGACAAUUGAUAAAUUUGUGAAGGGGAAAAGGAAACUAGCAGAAUAACAGAAUAUCCACAAAGUCGUAUAAGCAACAUAAGACAACUUUAAGAAUGGCC